GUUGUGCCACCGGGACACAUUGAGACAUUUACAUAAGGAAGAAAUUAAAGUUCGAGGCACGUGACUUUAAAAAUUGCUUGAGGCGGUCAGAUGACCACUUUGCUCGCUGAGAUUUUAGCGAAUAUUUUACCAGAAUAAAUGUCACAUGCUUAUCCGUUUGACAAACCUCGUGAAGUAGAGUUGCCGGAGUUUCCACAGGUGAAAAUGCUAAAGCCAAAAGUUCUUACAGAGAUCCUUUCUCAAGCCAUAAGUGGAGGAGUUAUCAGCUCUUUGUAAGUUGUUUACUUGUGUUACAAUUUUAAACUUCUGUAGCUGACACACAUUACUUUAAAGGCACCUGUGUGGGUAGCUGGUGUGUAACAAAAUCCUCAAAUGAAUUAGGUUAUACUUAAGUGCUCAGAGCGAAGCAUUUAUUUUUUGUUUCAAUUCUUGAUUACUUUGGUUUCGUCAUUUGAUCAACCUCAGACAUUCGAGUGCUUUCUAAAGGGUCUUUGCUACUUGUCACUCACGGCAUGUGAUAAAAUAUGGACUGGACUGGACUGGAUUGGUAAAACAUGGACUGGAUUAAUAAAACAUGUAGUGAUAGAACAUGGAUUAAUAAAACGUGGAGUCACAUAACAAGGAUUUAUGAAAAGGGUUUAAUUUUCCUAGGUUUCAUAGGAUCCGAAUAUGACAAGCUUGACUUGAUGUUAUGUUUAUGCAGUAUUUCCAGUCGGAAAUGAAAUUAAUUAGGGCCAGUUAUAUUUUAUCUUACUUUUUCUCAAAAGGGUCACUUGUGUUUGCCAGCAACAGAAGUAUUUCGUAUAAAAUAGACAGUUUCAUUACUUAUUCAAACUGUGAAAAUUGAUGUUGUCUUUUGACCAGUGCCGGCAAAGUAUCACGCGCGCAAGAGAGAGAAAGACAAUGACAGGAAAUUGCACCAUCAAUUUCAUUUCCUCCUCCAAUCAACAUGGUAGAAAUUGCUUACCAAAAUGACGAAAAACAGCAAGGGGCAACAGACCACACAUCUUCACCAGGGUGAAACCUUUGAAAACCUUUUACAUGUUGCCCUAGGGAGAAGAACUCUUUCAUGGAUUUUACACUUUAAAAUUUGAACGAUGAUAUAGUUUCUAUGCCGAGCGGAACAAGAUAUGGCUUGGUGAAGUUCAUGUUCAGUAGGGGAACAAUGUGUAAGUUGAGCAGAACCUUUAAUGUACAACAGACAAUUUAUUCAGUUCACGCAUAUUCCUGUUGAAUUUGUUGCCCGUUUAUAUCAUUUCCUACAAGAAAGGAAAAUCCCUAAAGGACAUGCUCGUUAGAGCUAAAAUAUAAAAGGUUAACACAAGGUUUCACGCCGGUAUGGAUGUGCGGCCUGUCCCCCUUUGCAUUUUCUCAUGUUUUAUCACUUUAUGUUUUAUCACUUCAUGUUUUAUUAAUCUAUUUUUUAUCACUCCAUGUUUUAUUAAUCCAUGUUUUAUUAAUCCAGUCCAUGUUUUUAACAAUCCAGUCCAGUCCAGUCCAUGUUUUAUCUCAUGCCAUCACUCACCCCUUGGUCACUUUCAAGGUGUGAAUAAACUUUAUGACCCCAGACCUGCUUUGUCAUGUUUUAUUGGAAGAAAUUAGGAAUAAACUACUGAAUUUCAUGUAAAUAAGUUAAAUUAAACAUCGCUUUUGUUAUUUGCCAUUGAUUAUAAUUUUGUCAGUUUUGCCUUGGGCUUCACUGUAAGCCCUGACCAUCCUGUAAACCCGGUUUGUUUAUCAAUUCAACAUUUUUUUUAAUAUUAUCACAGGCACCUCAAGCUUACAAAUUAUUUGCGACUAUAAACAUUACAACAUUGUGAGAUGUUGUGUUUCAAUGGCUGGUAUGAAGAUUUGUAUGAGAUCUAACAAGUCUAACCACUAGAUAACAAUUUUAACUAUAUAGUUCAAGGAUCCUCUAUUUCCCUUGUCUCACACCAUCCCUAAUCAGGUGUUGAAUUAACCUCUGAUCAAACUCUAGCUUAAAUUAACAGUCAAGGAGAGGGCAUAUAAAUCACUCAUAAGACAACACUUAAAAUACGGUAGCAGUUAGUGGGGCCUGUAUCUCGCUAAGGAUAUUUUAGAACUAGAAGAGGUGCAAUGCAGAUCAGCAAGAUGGGUUAAGUCUUGUUACUCAAGGUCCCAAGGGGUUGUUACAAAUAACUUAAUGAGCUGGCGUGUGUGUCUCUUCAGAGGCAUAGACUGAUCACAAAGUUGAUUGUUAUGUGGAAAGCCAUAAAUAAUCACAUCAGCCAUCCUAUGCCCAUGUAAUUCACAAACAGAGAGUCAUGAGGCAGUUUCAUUCUAACAAGUUUAUUCAGUUAUCUGUGUGUAGCAAUGUUUACAAGUUUAGUUUUGUUUCGAGAACUUUGACGGACUGAAAUAACCUAAGCAAUGAUAUUAUUGAGGGUACUACUCCCCCUUUUUAAGCAUGCGAUCUCAGAGAUUGAUUGCGACCUAUGUUAGUUUUAGUUGUAUGUCAUACCAGGUGAUCCUUCCCUGACUUAUCUAUUUAAGCAGGAUUAUUCAACUCUUAUUUAUUGUUAUAUUUAUUUAUCUAAUAGGCUGUGACUAUAGUGCUGACCAAUUCACAUGUAUCAGAAAACUGUUUCUGAUUAAAACUACAGAUUUAGUUUACCAUCUUUUGAUGUCGCGUUGAUACCAAUUUGUGCCAAUCCCGACAAUUUCUAAAGCAAAGGACACGGAAGAAGGAUGUGGUCCAGGAUGUCCUCUAAUCUAAACAAUAAAAAAGACAUGUAUAAUAAGCCUGCUGCCACAAUUCCCAGUUUACAUUAUAAAAGGUACAAUGUAGGGUGGUGAGCUUGUGUUUCCUGCAAGUGCUAUCCCUAGACCAAUUGCAGCCAAAUUACUUUUCCCACAAAGUUUCAUUUCUGAGUCAGACUCGCUUUACAGAUACCGUCAAACCUGUGUACAACGGUCACCCUUGGGAAAUGGCAAGGUGACCGUUGUAUUUAGGGUGACCAGUAUAACAGGUCAACUUUGCAGAAAAUAUAAGGCAACUGAAAAUUUUGGAAAGUUUUCCAGUGACUGUAGUACAGUAAAAACCCGCGACUAAGAACCUGGUUUUUAAGAACCUGUUAGGCUAAAAUUUUCGAGUUAGGCCCCCUCUAUACAAGAACCGGUUUAGCCUAAAAUAUGGAACAGGUUCUUAUUUUCUAAAUUUUAUGAAGAAAAUUCUUUUUAAUUGGGCAAAUAAGAUAGGUCAACAUUCAGGAUCCCCUUUGAAGACAUAGGAGACUUAUAAUUAUCACUCCAACUGUAAUGAAGGAAUAAGGUGCAUACCACUAAAUGCUCUAUCUUCAAUGUAUUUUUUUCUGUAGAAAAUAAGAACCUAAAUACCGGUAGCCCAAAUUUGUGCUAAUUACCAUUUAUGUAAGAACCUGUUUAGGCAAACUUGGGAAAACGCAGUUUCUUAGUUGGGGGUUUUUACCGUAUACAGGGUGACCAGUGACUGUAUACAUAGCCUGCGUAGCAAGCAUUUCCUCGCGAGGUUCGUCUAGAAAGCUAGGACAAGAGCAAACCCCACGGUUUUGAAAAACUGCGUUCGCCCACUAAUGCAGCUUCUGAUUGGCGCAGUGCGGGUAGUGUUGAUUACUUAGCAUUUGAAACAUCAAUCAAACCAGGUAUGCUUUGUUUUCGUGCGUAACAGAUCUGGUCUCAUCUGAUUUGUGGUCACAGAGUACAAAUGCUUUGGACUGAUAUUUAUUGGAAUUGUGUUUGUGCGACGGUUUAUGAGAUCAGAGUCUUCAAAGUAUAAUUGGAGAUCGAGCAGUGGAGACUAGGGAAGGCCAAUUUAUUGAGAAUGACUGCGUGCGGAUCUGACUGGAAAAAAUGGACUGUUUGUUGGAGAUAACAUCAACAUAAAUCGGAACAUCGGUACUCGACACUAGCUAAAGCCGCCAUGGACAAGCGAUUUGCCAGCUUUUUGAAAUGAAAAGAUUGUUUUUGUUUAUUGGAAAUUUAGCGGUGUCUAUUGUAGAGAAUGUUUCGACACAGGCUGAAGAGCAGUCGCUCUGCAAAACUUAUACCCGGCAGAGUGAAUUGUUCCGGACAAAUCAUUUUUGACGUGUCGACAAGGUUUCAGACGAGAUAGAGCCACACAAUAAAAAACAAGAAAUUCCGUAGCAUUCGUUCAUAGUUUUAACCUUCUUUUAUCGUAAAUCUUUUUUAUUACAGUUCUUGUAAGCGCCUGGAACGUGUUCUAUUAGAGAACAAAGUAAUUUUACAAAUCUGGUAAUCCAGGGGUAGUCUGUUUGUUAUGUUUCUAUUUUGACGAGCUGUCAAUUUACAAAUGAACCGAACCAUGAAAUAUCAAGGGGCUUUUUCCAGAAUCGUGGGGUUUGCGGGCAAGCGAUUUCUCUUCUCCCCUCCCCCUCCCCCUUCAACCUUUUUUUUGCUUCCACUCUAACUUUCGCGCAAUAACUCGAUUGGAAACGCUUGCUACGCAGGCUACUGUAUACAGGUCUGUUAUAUACAGGUUUGACUGUAUUUUGAAAGGAACUCAGACAAGCCAGCUUGGCAAUUGUUAAUGUUCUGAUAGCAUGCACGGUAACAAUAAUGAACCCGUCAAACAAUAAUAUUGUUUGCUUCAGGAGUUCCCUGGUCAAGUUUUAAUUUGUCUAGGCCCACACAAGAUUUAUCUCUUGUCUCAUUUACGAAAUUUAAUAAAUUUUUAGGGUGCUGGACAGUAAAUAGUUACAGUUUGCUUUAAUGGGUUUGGGAUAGUGCUAGCAGGAAAUGCGUGCUUCCCUUCGUUGAUCAUAUAGGAGAAUUUAAAAAUUGGGAGCAGGCUUAUUUUACCUGUCUUUUUGUGUAACUUGGACCAGAGGGCAUCCCAGUCCAACCUGUUCCACCUUGUCCUUCUCGUAGCUAUGGUAAUUUAGGAGGUGAUACAUGUAAAUCAUCGAAAUAGGUAGAAUUGGGCUGAAAAGCAAAUGGCAAGGAAAACAACAUCAAAAGAUAGUAAGUUACUUAACUUUAUGCAAAAAUUAACCUUAUAUUUUAUUUGGUUACUAUCCCAUGCAAAUCUUCAUAAUCUUCAAACCGACCAUUGAAACACACCUCACAAAUGUUGUAAUGUUUAUAGUUGCCAAAUGUAUGCUUCAUGUGAAUUGAGCUUGGAGUGCCUGCGCAGAAUUGAAUUCAUUUGCCACUCUAUUCACUUAAGUGAAGAACUUGACAUUUUGGCAUUUUCCUCACAGACUUAUUAAUCAAGAAGGAUCAUUGUUAUCAUAUGCUGGAUCAGGAGACAAAGAUGCCAAAGUCACAGCAGCUAUUGCCUCUAGUAUAUGGGCAGCCUAUGAAAAGAAUGGUAAAAUGGCCUUCCACAACGAUGAGCUUAAGAUGAUCUUUAUGGACUGUGAGGUUUGUAUACUCAACUGUUCCCUCCAGUAACACACUUUAAAAUUCACACUGUGUUUAUUCAUCAAGAAUCAACUACAUGUAGUUUUCAAGGCUAAUAAAGCAAAAGAGUUUAUAGCCUGUUUUCCUGCAAAAAGAUGUCUGAGGAAUGAAUGCAAAAGUGCCAUACUGAUGACAUGUCACUACGCAGAUCUGGGGGGUGCUUCUGAUUGGUUGAAGGAAACUGUCCUUGCCGCAUGACCAAUCAGACGCACUACCCAAAUCUGGGUAGUGACACGUCAUCAGUAUGGAAUUUCUGCACUCAUUCCUCAGAAGUCACUUCGCAGGGAAACCAGUGGUGGUGUUGCAAUAUGUUGCCCGUUUUCUCAGGCUCAAAAAAUACAAUGCAAUAGUCAUAUUUAUAGACAAAUUAUAUUACAGUAUUGUACAUGUAUGCCUGGUUGCCCCUGGCAACUUACAUUAAUUUGGCUUUAGGCAACAAGGUCCAAAUCCUAACUUUUCCUCAAACCUCAAGUGGUGGACAACCUGGGUUUCCUACAGGUUCAGAGUUUUGGGCUCCCCACAAUUUUGCAUAGAGCACAGUUUGGGCUCUUAGAUUUCUGUUUUUACAAUUUUUUUGUGUGUUUUUCGAAUUCUUUACAGAAUGGGAAAGUUGCAAUUACUAAAGUAGCCAACUUGAUUCUGUGUUUGUAUGCACAGGAAUCAGUUGGUCUUGGAAUGCUAAAGGCAAAGGUAAAGUAA